AUGAUAUUUGAUGUUUUAUGGCGCAAGGGCCAGGUAUGGCCAAAGAGCGCCAUGUCUGUGGUAGUGGGUGUGCAGUGUAACUAUGAUUGCUAUGAAAUUGGUGUGACGUGGCUGUAAAGGGGCCUUAAAAUAUACGCUCUAAAGUGCGUAAAAUAUGUGUAAUAAAAUUAUGGCGAUGACGUAUGACUUGUACUAUGAACAUAUAGAUGCAUAUAAAAAGAAUGAUGCGAUAGGUAAAAUAUAUCAGAUUAUAAGAAAUGCCAGAGCACUACUACCUCCUUAGAGCCCUUGAAGCACAAGGGCCUGGAGGCAUGUGCUAUUCAAAACAGUUAUCGCAGUGGCAUCCUCUCGAGAGAGGAGGCGCUACGAAUUCAUGGGACUAAUAACAUGUAAGACCACAUCUCUAAUAUAAUGUAGCACUGUGUCUGUAUUAAAAAGCGGUUCUGGACCAAGGAGCAUUGCAGGAUGAAGAGGAAUGUGCUGUCGGUAUGCUAAUGAAAAAUGUCUCUUUCUCUCAGAUUCGGCUUCCCGACACUCCAGGAGGACGUGGAGUACGGUCAGCCUCUGCCCGCAUCUACCACAGGUUGGAGGCUCACUUCCGCAGGCAUGCACCAGAAGAGAAGAGGAAUUGUUCAACAAGACGACCUCGCGCAUCUAUACGAGAGUCGCCCCACAGGCUGUUGUGCGCAUUGAAAUCUCCAAGUACAACGGGGAGUCCCGCCUUGGAGGGCAAGACCCCUGCGCCCACCAGCCCGGAGGUCGAUGGGGCUCCCUGAGGGAUUUGGCUGCGCUGGCCGUUGCCAGCGCUGGAGGGGGCCUCGGAGGUUGGGGCAGCCUCGGCUGCGCCCACCUUCGGGGUCGAUGGCUCCACCUGCUCGGUUGGCGGAGCAGCGCUAGCUGCAACCACCGUGGGGGCAGAUGGCGUGACUGCCGACUCACUGACUGUGGGUCGGACAGCCGCCGGAGGCCGUUGUGACGCUGCCCCCUGACGCGCCACAUCGGCAAAGGUUUUCUUUGGCAGGUAUACUACCCGCCUUCGUGCCUCUUUGAACGAUAUAUUCUCUUUUACUUUUAUAGUCACAAUUUCUUU